AUGGAUUGCGCUGCUGUGUUGUCGGAUCAGAACCAAUCGCUGCUAAGCGCUACGGCUUUGGCUUUUGCGUCGCCAGAACCUGUUGCUGCCGUUGCUGCAGCAGAGCCACCUGCUGUUCGUGCCGAAACCGCUCCUGCAUUUCUGUGGAGGUUGCGUGAUGGUGGUGGCGUUGGCUCCGAUGCAGAUUGGGGCUCCCCGCGUGAGGAUACGGAUGUAUUGUCGGCUUUGCGUGUUGAAUGGCUACGUUUGAUUCAUGAUUGGCAUUUGGUACCACGGCUAUUGAAAGCAGUUGCUGAACGCUCCAAGGAAGCAUGGCUAAGUGACGAGGAGAUACACAUACUUCGUGAAGUGCUGGUAUCUUUUCUGAAAAGUCGUGGCUUGAAGUGUUCGGCAGUUGUCGAGCCUGGCCAGCCCUUAGCUCUGGAGCUGUGGGAGGGCUUGUUUUCCCUGUGUGGGGAUGAGUGCCCACUGGCAUUCUUCGCACCAUCCCACCUUCCGGGGUGUGGCGUGAGUCGUGAGACAGACGUGGCGGAGCGCCCAAAUGUCGAACUGCACACUUGGCUGAAGUUUGGUGAUUGGGCCUGCGACUCUGUGAAGCCAUGUGCCGAAGAGAAACAAGUGGCCGGUUUCUUCCUGCGCCUCAUCGAACCUAGGGCGCCGGUCCACUUGGUUGAGCUUGAGCAGAAGGCUGUCGUGGCAGCUGCAGAUGCUUGUGCAAGCGAGCAUGAAGCAGGAUUGGGUGGCUGGUGGCUGCCUGCUGGUAGCCCGCUUGAGGUCGACCAGCUCCGCUGGUUCUCCUUCAAGGUGCAGGUGUCGGACCUUCUUGAUUGGUUUCGACCGCAGCAUCAGAAUGGCCGUGUCGUUGUGCGACAGCGGUGUGACAACCUUGGUGUUGUGGGCGCCGCAGCCAAGGGGUUCUCCAUGAAGGAGCCAGUGGCCGCAGUCCUGCAGGCGGCUGCUGUUUUUUGCAUGCGAGAACGCAUCAACUUGCGGGUCUCUCACGUGGCUGGUGCCCGGAAUGAGUGGGCCGACAUGCUUUCUCGUGGGGCUGCUGCGUACCCAGAGUUCUGGCAAAGAUUAUCCAUGCAGUCGCGCAGGUCCCUGGAUUGGAGGGAGACCAGAGAGUCUAAUUAG